AUGCCUGUCCAGCCAGUUCACCUGCUGCGAGCCCUUCUGCGCGAAGCCUCGUACCUGCCCGAUGCGACUGCCCGUACCUACUUCCGCCGGUACAUUGUCCACCGAUAUAAAGCCUACCAGCCCACGCAGAACGCGACUGCUGCCCUCCAUGUCCACGCCGUGGACAAAUACAGGCACAGGAGCUUCAAGAGGCGCCAGACAGCCAUCAUAAAUGAGCGUACACGACCACUGCUAAGGAGGGGACUGAAGAGCCUGAAUUUCCUGCGCCGGGCCAACCAGGGCGAGAUACCAUGUCUGCAAAAGGUCUUGUUCUUCGCCUACGGUCGCAUGGGAAGGCGGAAGUAUGCCUUGCUAGAGAACAUACUGAAGCCUGACCGUAUCAUGGACGGUGGUGCAAUCGCAGCGUCAAAUGAAGCAGGUCCGGCGCCCCUGCAGAAGCUCUACUGCAGCAACAAACGCUACCUCCAGUACUUCGAUGCGCCCAAAGCUGCUACCAAGACGCAUCACACCAUCAAAAUCUCCAGUCGCUAUUCUCGCUUGCGCGCCGUCCUCAGGACACAGCACGAGAAGGCCAUCUCCAUGAACCGGGGGCUCAAAAGUUCAGCCCUGAAGACGCCCAUCAACAAUUCGUGGGAGCGACCUAUGCCUAUCAAGCGCGCGUGCAACAAUGUCCGACGCUGGUAUGCCGAGACCAUGACGAGGAUGCUCCCUCCACUACCUACUGAAGAAUGGGACAAUAUAUAUGCCAUGAUGGUUGGCGACCGAAAGAUUGGCUUAGUCAAACGCAGAGGACGCGGUACAGCCCUGAAUGCUGAUCCUGUUACAGAAGACGAACUUUUCGCCAGCACGGUAGAAAAGGGCAUUGCAUUAGACAAGCCCAGUAAGGCGGAUAAACCAGCGGGCAUACAACGACCACAUGCCAUUACAACUAGAUUUAUGCAGCGCAUGUAUACCAAGCUUCUCAUGCUCUGUUGUAAGCUCGAGUGGGAUGACGACCAGAAGCGAUGGAAGGCUAUCUGGGGUGAGGCUAUGAAGACCAUCAAACCCAGCCUCUACAACACUCCCACGGAUGAAAUGCUCUUUGCAGGUGUCGAUGCGACUGGCAGAAUCCCGAGGGCGCCCAAGAAGCAUGCGCUGGCCAAAUCGCUACACGUCCAGCCACGGAACUCAGAGGGCGAAUACAUGCGAUUUCCCUUCUUCGCCGAACAACUUCCUGAAGAUAACCCAAUACGUAAGGAACUCGACGAGUGGAAGAGGAAGCGUGCUGCUGCUGCUGCGCGAGCAAAGAAGCAGAAGGCUGAGCUUGGUAACAUCACAACAACCAAAAUGGCAUCUUCAAACGCAACAGUCCGCCACGCGAGCCGUGAAGAUGUUCCUACAAUUCUCGCUCUGAUCCAGGAGCUUGCUCUCUACGAGAAAGCCAGUGACAAGGUCGACUCUACCGAGGAAAUCCUUACACGCACCCUUGCACACCACGAUCCUUCCACCUCGACCUUUUCUGAAGGCUUUGCCCGAACACUCCUCCUUACUGACCCUGACGGCACGGUAGCUGGCAUGGCUCUAUACUUCUACAACUACAGCACAUGGACAGGCGUGCCAGGUAUCUACCUGGAAGACCUCUUUGUUAAGGAGAAUUACAGGAAGAAGGGUUACGGGAAGAGACUCCUGAAGGAGCUUGCUGGGGAAGUCCUGAAGGUCGGUGGCAAGAGGCUCGAAUGGAGUUGCUUGACUUGGAACGAGCCCAGUCUUCAAUUCUAUCAGAGCGAGGCUGUAGGUGCGCAAACGAAAGAUGCAUGGGUGGGUCUAAGAGUGGAGGGGGACGCACUUGGGAAGCUCGCGCGUUCGUAA